CACUGCCGUUGCAACCGGUGCGUCGAUCGCGCGCGCGACAGUCGUAGUAUUACGCGCACACCCGUCUGCAUUUACCGUCCGCGCGCCUUGUCCAUUCACUUAGCCGUUGAUUAUAGUCGCGAAUUAAUAUUCAUAUUUUAAUUUCGUUUGUUUUACAUAGUGAAUAUAGGACCGGAGUGACUGACCCGACCGUAUGAUCCGCGUGUUCAGUGAUGUGGUCAGCCAGUCCCGGCUUACCCGGAUCAGGCUGGUCACUAUCGACAAUUCGGCGUUCCGCAUACACUACAGGCUGUCACUGGCCAUCAUGUUGGCGUGCACAACAUUGGUAUGUAGUCGUCAAUAUAUUGGUGAACACAUCCGCUGUAUUGUCAGCGGCGUAGCGCCUCACGUAGUAAACACGUUCUGUUUCUUUACCACUACGUAUACGAUACCGAACGCCAACAACUCGGCCCAUCCUGGCGUGGGGCCCGUUAACUGGGAUUCAAACCCCGUGCGUCACGCUUACUACCAGUGGGUACCGUUUGUGCUUUUCUUUCAAGCUGUUCUGUUCUACUUGCCGCAUUUGCUGUGGAAGUCUUACGAGGCAGGUACCAUUGCACUACUCGUAGACGGCCUUCAACGGUUGUACUUGAAGGCGACCGGCGAAAAAGAUAUCGUCGCUGGUAACCGGAAAAUUCCAUCGGAAGCCACCAAAUGGGCUAAAGUACGCGACGUAAUGAACCACUUGGACACCGUUACUAGGUUCAGAAUAAACCGUCAUUGGGCCACGACUUUGGUGGGAUGCGAAGUACUCAACCUUCUUAACGUGCUCUUGCAGAUCAAAAUUAUGGACAAGUUCCUCGGUGGUCAGUUCUACUCGUACGGUUGGAAGAUGUUCGAAGACGAGGACGGCACGUUCGACAGAGUGUUUCCAAAAAUGACCAAGUGCGACUUCCACAAGUUUGGUCCGUCCGGCACCAUACAAACACACGACGUUUUGUGCGUUAUGGCCCUCAACAUUGUCAACGAAAAAAUAUACGCUCUGCUAUGGUUCUGGUUCUUCUUUAUCCUAUUGCCAGUCAGCGUCAGUGCCCUCGUGUGGCGUCUCAUCCAAUACGCCCUUCACUCCAACGAAUCUUUCAACCGCUUGUUGCUCCGUGAAUCUUCAAACGGCGCCCGCCUGGACCCUAACGACCUGGCCAUCGUAGCCAAACGCACCACCUUCUCCGACUGGCUUUUCAUGUACUAUCUAGCCGGCAACAUGGACAGUGACGUUUUUAGACAGCUCCUACACAACUUUGCCACCGGACUCAAAAGAGAAACCGGAUCACAAGCCAGUGACGAUGACUUGGUGCCACUAGGAAAAAAUCCCUUAUAAUUGCCAACUCCCAUCACAUCAACAACAAGCGUUAACAAUUUUAUAUCUCUUGUGUAAAUAGCAACUUUUUUUGUUGGCCAAUAAGCCUAGUGAUAUAUAUAUAUAUAUUGCAUGAUAUUGUUCAUUUUUUUAAUUUUUAUUUUACUGCCAACCCUUAGGCGACAAAAAAAUAAUUAUCUAAAUCUAUAUAUGUGUCGCCAUAAAUUUUGAUCCCACCAGAGGUUUUUCAUAAUUUUGUUUAACUAUCUCGAUAUAUUUCCAGUUCGUGUCUCCCAAAAAAAUAUCAUUCCAGUCCAUCUGACCAGAAAAAACAGUUAGGACUCUUUUUUUUUUUUUUUUUUUAGUUUGGUUGUACUUAAACAAUUACCAACGACUGAUUGUGCCACAGAAAACUGCUGGAGGUCAUUUGAAUUUCAUUCGGACAUCAGCACUUCUAUUUAUUGUAAAUCUUAUAACAUAAUUAUGUUUUAUAUUUGAACUGUGAAACACAUUAAAUUAUUAUUAUUAUUAUACUCAACAAGUGUAGACUGUUAGAGGCGAUGAUAAAAAUUAAUAUAUUGUAAACUUUGUACUAUACUAUACAGCAGUGACUAGUGAUUAUAUAUUAUAUUGUAAUAAAUGAAAAUAAAUCGAAAAUUAACUUAUUGUUUUCCAUUUAA